AUGCUGCAGAUACCUACUAUCUCCAGCAAUUGGGAUGUAAUCUACAGUAUAAUGUCCCAAUACUUGGCGACAGGUGAUGGAAUGCUCAUUCCCCUGAUCAUCGAUCUUCCAUCCUUUAGAUUCAAAUAUGGUGAUCAACUACUUAGUUGGAUUGCCGAACAUGGUACAGUAUGGCAGGCCAUGUUGGUCAUUCACUUCGCCUCGAAUGAUAGACACGAAAGAUAUAUAAACCUUGCAUUGGGCCUGGGUUAUCGCAUCAUGGAGAGCAACAACUCGAUCAACAAGUUGGAGAUAAUCAAGUAUCUCAAUGGUUGUGGUAUCAACAAUAGGAUAGGGAGAUAUACGAUAUUUCGAGGCUCAAUGGAAAUGCUUCAAUUCCUCCUGUCCCCCAACAACGUUAUCAUCACGGUCAAUCCAUUGCUGUCUGAGUUUGAUCACCUCAAGUAUGUGCUUGACCAUCAACCCGACAUUAUCCAGCCUGAGCUUCAAUUCGAGUUGGCUGUGGUGAUUGGCAGGAUGGACCUUCUUCAACUACUACUACAACAACUCCCUCUACUACACAACCCACUCCCCGAUCUUGGUGUAGAUCUGCAAGAAGUGUUGGAGAUGUCGUUGUGCUGGCGACCACAGCCAUCAAUCUUUAGAUUGCUGCUCGAUAGUCCAUCUUUUGACAGUCGUAUAUCUGUCUCCAACACUCUCUGGAAACGAAUAGGAGACAGGGGAUUUGACACCAUUGUAGGCUUGGCAAUGGAGCAUCUCAACCCAACCAUCUCCAACAUUCGCGCAAUGAUCAAGUCGGCGAUCAAAGAGGAUCAGAUACAGUUUAUCAAACUGAUGUACACAGUUUAUCAUUCAGUGUUGAUCACAAAGGGCCUUCAAUUCUAUUUGCAAGCCAUCAAGCAAGGUAACAUUGAUAUCAUUGAUAUUAUAUUCAAGGCUGAACCAUUCACAAUGGGUAACUACAUCAAUGAUGACCCCUUGUUAAAAUUGAUCAAUGCAAUCAACAGACUGUUUGAACGAACAUGUGUGCAUCAGGUGAUUGCAGCGCUAGACUACAUCAUCAAUCACAUGACCGAUACAGACAGAUCACGUUUCAAAUCGAUUGUCCUUCCAGUGUGCAUCGGCAAUUUGGACAAGAGUAGGAAAGUCCUCUUACUUGAUCAUCUCUUCAAGUUAGUCAAAUGA